UCCAGCCCUGAGGACGCGGCUGGGAGACGCAGACCUGGUGUGGACAGUAAUGACCUCACGUUUUCGGUUGCCUGCUGGCAGAACUUACAAUGUACGAGCAUCAGAGUUGGCCCGAGACAGACAGCAUACAGAGGUGGUUUGCAACAUCCUUCUUCUGGAUAACACUGUACAAGCUUUCAAAGUUAAUAAACAUGAUCAAGGGCAAGUUCUGUUAGAUAUAGUCUUCAAGCACCUUGAUUUGACAGAGCGAGACUAUUUUGGUUUACAGUUGGCUGAUGACUCCACAGAUAACCCAAAGUGGCUGGAUGCAAACAAACCAAUAAGGAAGCAGCUAAAGAGAGGAUCGCCUUACAGUUUGAACUUUAGAGUCAAGUUUUUUGUAAGUGACCCCAACAAGUUACAAGAAGAAUAUACAAGGUACCAGUAUUUUUUGCAAAUUAAGCAAGAUAUUCUAACUGGAAGAUUACCCUGUCCUUAUAAUACUGCUGCCCUUUUGGCUUCAUUUGCUGUUCAAUCUGAACUUGGAGACUACAUUCAGUCAGAAAACUUGCCAGGCUACCUCUCAGAUUAUUCUUUCAUUCCUAAUCAACCUCAAGAUUUUGAAAAAGAAAUUGCAAAAUUACAUCAGCAACAUACAGGCUUAUCUCCUGCAGAAGCUGAAUUUAAUUACCUGAACACAGCACGUACCUUAGAACUCUAUGGAGUUGAAUUCCACUAUGCAAGAGAUCAGAGUAACAAUGAAAUUAUGAUUGGAGUGAUGUCAGGAGGAAUUCUGAUUUAUAAGAACAGGGUACGAAUGAAUACCUUUCCAUGGUUGAAGAUUGUAAAAAUUUCUUUUAAGUGCAAGCAGUUUUUUAUUCAACUUAGAAAAGAAUUGCAUGAAUCUAGAGAAACAUUAUUGGGAUUUAAUAUGGUGAAUUACAGAGCAUGCAAAAAUCUAUGGAAAGCAUGUGUAGAACAUCAUACAUUCUUCCGUUUGGACAGACCACUUCCACCUCAAAAGAAUUUUUUUGCACAUUAUUUUACAUUAGGUUCAAAAUUCCGGUACUGCGGGAGAACUGAAGUCCAAUCAGUUCAGUAUGGCAAAGAAAAAGCAAAUAAAGACAGGGUAUUUGCAAGAUCUCCCAGUAAGCCCUUGGGACGGAAAUUAAUGGAUUGGGAAGUAGUAAGCAGAAAUUCUAUAUCCGAUGACAGGUUAGAAACACAAAGCCUUCCAUCACGAUCUCCACCUGGAACUCCUAAUCAUCGAAAUUCUGCAUUCACACAAGAGGGAACCCGCUUACGACCAUCUUCAGUUGGUCAUUUGGUAGACCAUGUGGUUCAUACUUCCCCAAGUGAAGUAUUUGUGAAUCACAGAUCUCCAUCCUCAACACAAGCUAAUAGCAUCAUUUUGGAAUCCUCACCAUCACAAGAAAGUCCUGACGAUGUACAACCUCCAGCUUUACCACCCAAACAAUCAAAGAAAAACAGUUGGAACCAAAUUCAUUGUUCACAUUCUGAGCAGGAUUCAGAAAACCAUAUUAAUGAAAUAUUUGAUGUCCCAUCUUCCCCUGAAAAGUCAACUCCUAAUGGUGGUAUUCCACAUGAUAAUCUUGUUUUAAUCAGAAUGAAACCAGAUGAAAAUGGAAGGUUUGGAUUUAAUGUAAAGGGGGGUUAUGAUCAGAAGAUGCCUGUGAUUGUCUCUCGAGUAGCACCAGGAACACCUGCUGACCUCUGUGUCCCUCGAUUGAAUGAAGGGGACCAAGUUGUACUGAUCAACGGUCGGGAUAUUACAGAACAUACUCAUGAUCAGGUGGUUCUGUUUAUUAAAGCUAGCUGUGAAAGACAUUCUGGGGAACUUGUACUUCUAGUUCGGCCUAAUGCUGUUUAUGAUGUAGUGGAAGAAAAGCUAGAAAAUGAGCCAGACUUUCAGUACAUUCCCGAGAAAGCCCCACUAGAUAACAUUCAUCAGGAUGACUAUUCCCUGCGGGAAUCAAUGAUUCAGCUAUCCGAGGGGCUCAUCACUGGAACAGUCCUGACACAAUUUGAUCAACUAUAUCGCAAAAAGCCAGGAAUGACCAUGUCUUGUGCCAAAUUACCUCAGAACAUUUCCAAAAAUAGAUACAGAGAUAUUUCACCUUAUGAUGCUACACGGGUGAUUUUAAAGAGUAAUGAAGACUAUAUCAAUGCAAAUUAUAUAAAUAUGGAAAUCCCUUCUUCCAGCAUUAUUAAUCAGUACAUUGCCUGUCAAGGUCCAUUACCACACACUUGCACAGAUUUUUGGCAGAUGACUUGGGAACAAGGUUCUUCCAUGGUUGUUAUGUUGACCACACAAGUAGAGCGUGGUAGGGUUAAAUGUCACCAGUAUUGGCCAGAACCCACAGGAAGUUCAUCCUAUGGAUGCUACCAAAUCACCUGCCACUCUGAAGAAGGAAACACUGCAUAUAUCUUUAGGAAGAUGACACUAUUUAACCAACAGAAAAAUGAGAGUCGUCAACUCACUCAGAUCCAAUACAUAGCCUGGCCUGACCAUGGAGUACCUGAUGAUUCUAGUGACUUUCUGGAUUUUGUUUGUCAUGUACGAAAUAAGAGGGCUGGCAAGGAAGAGCCUAUUGUUGUUCAUUGCAGUGCAGGGAUUGGAAGAACUGGGGUUCUCAUUACUAUGGAAACAGCCAUGUGUCUCAUUGAAUGCAAUCAACCCGUUUAUCCACUGGACAUUGUAAGAACAAUGAGAGAUCAACGAGCCAUGAUGAUUCAAACACCUAGCCAAUACAGAUUUGUAUGUGAAGCUAUUUUGAAAGUAUAUGAAGAAGGGUUUGUUAAACCGUUAACAUCGUCAUCAAAUAAAUAAGGAAUGCAAAAGGUCUGGGAUAUGAGAUGGGAAACUGCUUUUCCUCAUAUUCUGUGCCAUACUUCUGCUUGCAGGAAAUGGCAUCUAAAUAAAAGAAGAACUCAGAAACUGAAAACUUCAGCACUGUUGCACUUUAUGUUUUAAAAAAAUAUCACUCUUAAAGUCUAUAACUCGUGUUUGAAGACUAUUUCAUGCUUUGCUCCGAACAAAUAGUGAAUAACUGUGUAUGUUCAGGGUAAUUUAUGAAAUUUUGUGGUGGUGCCAUGUAGUCCCUUUCUAGUAGAAUUGCCACAAACCAGGCUCAGAAUUCUCAUCAUCUCUGUUACACACCUGUAUCUUGAAAGCAAAAAGAAGUAAACAUCAGGAGUCAGCUCUGGUGUUUUCUAAUGAUUUAUGUAUUUAUGAUACUGAUUACUAGAUUUUAUUUUUAAAAUGUUAGCAAUAUUAUUCUCAAUAUUAGCCAGUACACUGCCUAUGGAUGCAGCACAUCUUCCCCUACUCUCCCCCUAUAGAGACCUGCUGUUCAUAAGAAGAAAGGUGAAAUUUGCUUUUCCCAGGAAAUGCUGCAUAUUGUCAUUUACCAGCAUCUUAUAGAAAGUAUAAAUAUGAAUCUACAGUUUUCCUUGGAUUUAAUAAUGUAACAUAUUUAUCAUAAAGUUGGCUUAUUCCAAAUGUAAUUUCACAUACUUGAUGUAAUGGAAUGCAUGCAUCAUGUCUUAACCCCUUAAGUGCCUUGAGACGUCUUUGUAUGUCUAAUGAAAAGGCACUCAUUUGACCCCAGUAGGAGGUAUGUAUGUAAAUUGUAUAUUUAUGUUCUUAUGAAGCAUUUUGAAUCAUCAGUUCACAAUGUUAAAUGCAGCUUCUUGUAUUGAGUCACCUAGUCAGAAGGUGAAGGCAAUUCUGUUUCUUAUUCAGUUACUGGAUUUUGCCAUAGGAAAGAUCAUUUGUAUCCUGCUGAAUGAGCUCUCUGCUGCUAUGGAAUUGUUUGAUAUCUGCACAUCCCUUUCCAAAGGGACAAGAAUUACAGUUUAGCAGCCCAAGUUUAAAAGUCACUUAUUCUUUAAAUUUUAUAUUUAUUUUAUCUCUGACUUUAGGAAUGGCAUCUAAUAUGCACGUUAAAGUAAAACAUUGAUACUCUAAAAUUAGAACAGUCAACUGUGAUUUAUUUCUAUCACUUAAUUAUUACUCUUCAGAACCCAUUUUGGUUUAGAUUCAGUUUGAUCACAAUGGUCCUUCUGGUUGAGACACUUCAAGCAAGGAAUGAAACAUUACUGACUUACUUCCAAGUAUAAUUCGUCAAUAAAUGAAAUGAGGAUCCUGUUGUAUUUUA